GGAGAGCAGGAGGGGGCGGUACCGGCUGCCCCGCGCAUCCGGAUGUUUGCCGAGCAGUGACAGGCGUGGCCGCGGGAGCUGUGUCCGAGCGCGCUUCUGCGGGCUGAGGCUGUGUUGGGCACAGGCUGGACCAUGGAUCCACUCUCGGAGCUGCAGGAUGACCUGACCCUCGACGACACCAGCCAGUCUCUGAACCAGCUGAAGCUGGCCUCCAUCGAUGAGCAGAACUGGCCCUCCGAUGAAAUGCCUGACUUCUCCAAGUCAGAGGACUCCAAAAGCAGCUCUCCGGAACCUGUCACACACCUCAAGUGGGAUGACCCUUACUACGACAUCGCCCGGCACCAGAUUGUAGAGGUAGCAGGAGAUGACAAGUACGGGCGGAAGAUCAUUGUGUUCAGUGCUUGUCGGAUGCCCCCCAGCCACCAGCUGGACCACAGCAAGCUCCUGGGGUACCUGAAGCACACCCUGGACCAGUAUGUGGAGAGCGACUACACUCUGCUCUACUUGCACCAUGGCCUGACAAGUGACAACAAGCCCUCUCUCAGCUGGCUGCGCGAUGCCUACCGGGAGUUUGAUCGCAAGUACAAGAAGAAUAUCAAGGCCCUGUAUGUUGUGCAUCCGACCAUGUUCAUCAAAACCCUCCUCAUCCUCUUCAAACCCCUCAUUAGCUUCAAGUUUGGGCGUAAAAUCUUCUACGUGAAUUACCUGAGUGAGCUGAGUGAGCACGUGAAGCUGGAGCAGUUGGGGAUCCCUCGACAAGUGCUCAAGUACGAUGACUUUCUGAAGUCCACACAGAAGAGCCCUGCCACAGCGCCCAAGCCCAUGCCACCACGGCCACCCCUGCCCAACCAACAGUUUGGGGUCUCACUACAGCACCUCCAGGAGAAGAGCCCAGACCAGCAGCCCAUCCCCAUCGUCCUCCGGGAGACAGUCGCCUACCUGCAGGCCCAUGCUCUCACCACAGAGGGCAUCUUCCGGAGGUCAGCCAACACGCAGAUUGUGCGGGAAGUGCAGCAGAAGUACAACAUGGGGUUGCCUGUGGACUUUGACCAGUACAACGAGCUACACCUGCCGGCAGUCAUCCUCAAGACCUUCCUUCGGGAGUUGCCUGAGCCGCUGCUCACAUUCGACCUCUACCCCCACGUGGUGGGCUUUCUUAGUAUUGAGGAGAGCCAGAGAGUGGAGGUGACGCAGCAGGUCCUCCGCACGCUGCCUGAGGAGAACUUCCGGGUGCUCUGCUUCCUGACGGCCUUCCUAGUGCAGGUCUCCGCCCACUGUGACCAGAACAAGAUGACCAACACCAACCUGGCCGUCGUCUUUGGCCCCAACCUGCUGUGGGCCAAGGAUGCUGCCAUCACCCUCAAGGCCAUCAACCCCAUCAACACUUUCACCAAGUUCCUCCUGGACCAUCAGGCUGAGCUGUUCCCUAGCUCUGACUCCAGAGGGGUGUGAGCUCCACUCCUGCCCCAGCCACCCCCUUGCUCUGUUUCCCCUCUACCACUUGGGACUCAUCCUUGAGGCAUCAGCCCAGGCCUCUGCCCAGUAGAGACCAUGAAGACCCUGGGAGAUGGGGGUCUG